CCAUGAAGCGACAAAUUUUCGGUCCCAGCUAUGACCCGUACCAGCGGGACCAGGUAGCAAAGGAGCAACAAGAACAAGGAGGAGCAGUAGUAGUAGGUGCAACCAACCAACAAGAACAAGAACAAGAAGAAGCGCGUGACGAGCGACCCACAAAACGACGUCGGUCUCUUACCUCACUCGUCGUGAACACCAUCUCCACCAUGGCCUAUGAGCUCUUUUGGAACACAACAACAACAACAGCAGCAGCAGCACAACGACCACCGGCAGCGGUAACAAGUUUUAACGAAAAACAGCAGCAGCAGCAUCACCAUUCGCGACGUCGUCCACUCUUCCGUGGCAGGGAUAUCGACUUUACACAUUUCAAGACAUCGUCCGCUUGGGAGAACAGAAUGCAACAGGCUGAACGCUUCAUUCGUGGUGUUUGUUUGCAAAGCCAACAACAGCAACGAGAGCAGUAUCAGGACUGUAUAAACGAUCCCUCGGAAUGGGGCUUGCCUCCAUAUGCAGCCCAAGCCUAUCGACUUGCGGUUGAAGAAGACAAUAGCAAAUGGGGCCUGGUGAACAAGGAGGAUCUUGAUGUCUGCUUCUUGGUAUGUAUUUGUCUUCUUUUUUUUUUCUCAAUAUAUAUGUCUCCCUCUCUCUCUUACACAAACCGUGCUGUUUUGCUGCUUUCAUAAGUACCUCACUAUUACCAGCAUCCACGCACUUACCACCAUCUUCAUCAUUGACGCAGUCAUAGUACUAGCAGUACUAUGAUAGUAAGAAACGUUACCCUUUCUCUUUUCUUCUUUGUUAUAUCCCCUCUUCUUUGCAUAUACUAUUA